UUGCCCAUUAAGACUCUCCUAAAGGGCUUAUUACACUACGCGGUAUUCAGACAGUCUUACUAAGAUUUAGCAUAAUGUAAUAAGAGUUAGCAAGUUAGCCUGUCUAAUUAGACCGAUCGAAUGGGUUCGACCAUGCUUACUUGCUGAAUACCGCGUAGUGUAAUAAGACUUAGCACGCUUAGACCGUUCAGUCAGCGCGCGGCAGCCGCUGAGCAAAGUCGCUCGUAUGUUUGUUUGCUGUGGCCGCGUGCACCAUGGCUUGUUCGAAAGAGAAAGAAGUGCUUUUUAAUGUACUCGAUUUGUACCGAGACAUGCCAUAUUUAUGGCAGAAAAGUCAUAAAGAUUAUUCUAAUCAACCACUACGUACUGAAGGAUUCCGGGUGUUGUUGGAAAUUUAUAAAAACUUUGAUGAAAAAGCUACAGUCAAAACAAUAAAAAAGAAGUUGAUGAAUAUGCGCACCAAUUACAAUAAAGAAUUGGCUAAGGUAAAUGCUUCCAAACAAACUGGUGCAGGGACAGAUGACGCGUAUGUACCAACUUUAUGGUAUUACGACGCCUUAAACUUUCUUGGGUCAAGGAGUAAACCGUGUCGCAUAACACCAGAGAGUAUCGAAGAUGAGGAGGGCUCAAACUCAUCUGACGAAGACAUUUCAAGCCAGCAAAUUCAAGGAUCAAUUCCUUCAACGUCUAGAGGACAUAGCGUUAAAAAAAAGAAAGAAACACUUCUACAAAAACAAGAAAAAAUUAUCAAAUCUGCUGAAGUAAUGUUAUCAAAUAAAGAAGAAGAAGACUGGGAAGUAUUUGGAAAGUCUGUAGGCUUGCAGUUAAAGGAUAUAAAUGGAACACAACUGAUAUUUACUCAAAAAAUUAUAUCCGAUGUAAUUUUUAAUGCUAAACUUGGACGACUUUCUGAAGAUUCUUGUCUACUCGUCACGCCAUCGGAAAUAAGACAUACAUUGAACAGAUACAACUAUCAGAUACCCUUCAUCCAAUCACCAGCAUCAAGUUAUUCAUCCCCGUCACCAUACAACCGACAGUCCCCUAAGUUGCCUCACAAACGUCCAUCAUCACGCAAUUAUUUAUCACCCACACCGAGUCCUCCAUCGUCAUCUACUACACAGUAUCAUCCGCCUCAUCCAAUUCAGUUUCCACAACAAGCAUUCCAGUCGUCACAACAAGCAAUCCAAUCGCCACAACAGACAAUUCAGUUACCAAAACACACAAUCCAGUCGUCACAACACAUAAUUCAAUCACCACAACCAGCAAUCCAGUCACCACAACAUUCAUUUCCCUCGAGAAUCACUGUCAACAAUCCUGACGAUUUUUCAGAAUACAUUGGAAAUGAAUCAGUGUCUACUAUUUCCCCUAAGUUGCCACACAAACGUCCAUCAUCACGCAAUUAUUCAUCACCCACACCGAGUCCUCCAUCAUCAUCUACUACACAGUAUCAUCCGCCUCAUCCAAUUCAGUUUCCACAACCAUUCCAGUCUUCACAGCAAGCAAUCCAAUCGCCACAACAAACAAUUCAGUUACCACAACACACAAUCCAGUCGUCACAACACACAAUCCAGUCGUCACAACACAUAAUUCAAUCACCACAACCAGCAAUCCAGUCACCACAACAUUCAUUUCCCUCGAGAAUCACUGUCAACAAUCCUGAAGAUUUUUUAGAAUACAUUGAAAAUGAAUCAGGGUCAACUGUUUCCCCGUCUAUAGUAGAAGGGAGUGCCAAUGUAAUGAAAGAUUUUUUGAUUUUCAAGCCGAAAAAAGAAUAAUUUUCUGUUUAAUUUACUGAUUGUUUUUGUUAUUGAUUUGAUUUGAAAAAUAAAUGUUAAAUUGAACUUUGAAUUUUGAUU